CCGCGUGAGCUCGGUAACGGCCAUCUGAGAACAUAUGACCCCGCGCUAUGUGACGCGCUCGUCUGUUCUGAGUGCGCAUUUGAAAGCAUUUACAUUGAUAAUCCUCUUGAUGUGGCCGAUCUUGCCGCGGCGUCACGUCGAUCAAAACACGUAACGACAGAUCAGUUCCUGGUCUCGGCAAUCUGACCGAAAAAACUGCACGGAUCAACCUUGCUGUUAUUGCGCCACUCGUUUAGCUUAUGUACGUUAUAUACGUUAGCGUCGAAAUUAGUAUUCGGAAGGUACUAAGUGGCGCAUCUGAGAGAAGUCACUGACGAGCAGUGCGUUUCAAAAGCCGCAACGAUGAGCGACGAGCAGACAGGCGAGCAGAGUCCGACUACGGAGUUGUCAUCAAAUGACAUAGAAAAAAUAGAAGAAGCAAAAUUAAGAGCAAAAUUUCCAAAUGCAGCUGGCCGACCAUUCGGUGGUCAUUCCGCAUUUCUGCAAAAGAGAUUAGCUAAAGGGCAAAAAUAUUUUGAUUCUGGGGAUUAUCAAAUGGCAAAACAAAAAUCAACAGCCAAGCCAAAGCCAGCUGGUGUUUUGCCAACAGGUGAUGCUAUACCAACACCAGAAACAGUACCACAGCGAAAAACAUCCAUCAUCCAACAAAAGUUCAAUACAUCGACUGCUUCAUAAGAUGCUUCUGUUGCUCUUUUAAGUUACACUUUGUUAAUUAGUGUUAUGUUUAGAUGCUGAAGUAAUAUGGUACUGUCAUAUACAAUCAGAAAUUUGAAUGACUCCGUGCUUGGUCGUUUUUUUAAACAUCUUGUGUAAAAGACAUUUUAUAGUAGCAUAAAAAUCUUAUAUCCUUAGUGAAUCAAUUAUUUUCUAGCUGCUCAUCCAGGAAAACUGUAAUAUUAUUAAAAAUAGUGAUCUGUAUGUAUGUGCCGCAAUGAUUUCCGAGUUUUGUUUAUUUGAAUGAAUGAGUCACUAUUGGCUGAAAAAUUCAUAACUUUUAUAUAUCAUUACAUUUUUUUUAUUAUAAUUAUCUAAUUAAACAUUCUUAUUUUGGACAUGUAUUAAUAUUCUCUGGUUUACAGAUAACAAUUUUAAAAAAAUCUAAAAGUUAUUAAUGUAUUCAGAUUGUAUUGUUAGCUAGCGCAUAUAAUAAAUACGUAUCUUAGAUGUACACAUGUAAAAAUUAAUAUUUGGAAUUAUUAAUUUUGGAAAAUUUGGGAAAGUAAAUAGCAGUAAGGACAAUUAUCCAAUGAUGCAGGUUCUUGAUUAAGUAUAAGCAUGAUAACCUGAAUGUAUAACUUGACACGCACUCAAUAUACCGUAAGAUUGAGUGUCAAAAAAUAUACAGAUCUGCAUUUCUCUCUCAAAAGUUGCUGUGAUGCGCUUAGUAAGACUAUUUUCUUACAGAAAGUCACAUUUAUUAUGAGAAUCUGAAUGUAGGGUGAAUGAAUGAACAUAAUAAUUUUAAAUAUAACUGCAGUUUUGCUUAUUGUAAACUAUAUUUAGUAAUAUAUCAUAAUUAAGAA